UCGACCCCUGUCGCUUUAUCAUCAUCAGUUACCGCAUUUUUGUUCCUGAUCCAGAUAUCGUUCAUGGCAACCUCAUCUCUCAGUAGCAGCAGCAGCAAGGGAAGUUUCAUAUGGUUUAAGUACAUAGAAGCAGAUCCACCAACCUUGUUGAAUCAGUUGUGGAAUGGGGUCAACCAAUCUCAAAAAUGGCAUAAUGGCGUCUUUUACACUCUCUCUUCUGCUUAUGCACUCGUUGCUCUCAUUGCUUUGGUACAACUUAUUCGUAUUCAAAUGAGAGUACCAGAACUCGGCUGGAGAACCCAAAAGGUCUUCCACUUGAUGAAUUUUGUGGUCAAUGGAUUGAGGGCUGUUCAAUUUGGUUUGUACUCGAGCUUUUUUCAUGUAAAACUAAAAGUACUGGACAUAAUACUGUUGGAUCUUCCUGGUCUUCUGUUUUUUUCAACGUACACGUUACUUGUGUUAUUCUGGGCAGAGAUAUAUCAUCAGGCGAGAAGUCUUCCAACCGACAAACUCAGACCUGCAUACUUCAUUAUAAACGGAGUCGUAUACUUCCUUCAGGUUUGCAUAUGGAUAUACAUGAGAUUCAGCAAUACCGCUGCUGGUGUGGAACUUGCAGAACUCUUCUUUUCAGUUAUCUCGCUUGGUGCUGCUGUAGGGUUCGUUGUAUAUGGUGGGAGGUUGUUUGUCAUGCUUAAGCGCUUUCCCGUCGAAUCUAGCGGCCGUCAAAAGAAGCUGCAAGAGGUGGGAUUCGUGACGGGGAUUUGCUGCACUUGUUUUUUAAUUAGAUGUGUGAUGGUUGCAAUAGCUGCUUUUGACAAGAAUGCUGAUAUCCAUGUCUUGAACCAUCCGAUCCUUGAUUUUGCCUACUACAUGAUAGUGGAGAUUCUGCCGUCUGCUCUUGUGCUUUUCAUCCUGCGAAAGCUGCCUCCAAGACGAGUAUCAGAUCAGUACCAUCCAAUCAACUGAUUCCAACAAAGGUUGUUUGACCUUGGAGAGUCAAAGCCAACGUGGCAUCGGGUUCUUCCAUUGGGUGAUCUCUCGUCUCCUGAUGUAUAUCCUUUCCUUCGCCUGUUGUGUAAAUGCAGUUCUUCAUUAUGCUCAUGAGAAUAAAAUAGGUACAUUGUGAACAACAUGAGUUAUAGGUGUAUUGUUGCAAGAUGGUUUGAACCAUGCUCAUCUUCUUCGAUUAAAAAUGUUCCG